UUGCUUUCAGUCAGCUGUCAUCCAGUAUUUAGAAUCUUUGGAAUCGUAGCAAGUAAGGUCAGAAAAUGGAGUUGUACAAUCAAAUUGGAUCUUUACAAUCAAACAAGUAAAAAUUAUAUUAAUUGAUCGAUCGCUGUUCGAGAGAAUAACUUUUGUAAGGACUGCAGGGUCCAUAAACCGUUGGUUAUGGAAUUCGCUGAUCUAAUCUUAAUUCCACAAGUCGUUAAUGUUGUGUUGACCGACAAGACUGACGAGAAUAAUAAGAAUUCUAGAUUAGAAGGGACUCUGUGUAUCAGUGGGCACCAUUUGAUCUUAUCGUCAAGACAAGAAUCUCCUAAAGAGAUUUGGCUAUUAUACAGGAACAUAGAUGUCAUAGAAAAAAAAUGUAACAGUCAGAGCCCUGGAGGUAGCAUUAUAUUCAAAUGUAAAGACUUUCGUAUUCUGCAGCUGGACAUCGGAUCAACGGAUGAUUUAACAAAUGUUGCAUUAUCCAUAGAAAAUCUCAUGUCUCUAGGCCAAACUAUGCAGUAUCCCUUUUUCCAUAGACCUCAAUUAGUAAAUAACUCUAAAGAACAAGUAGAAGAUGGUUGGAGUGCAUAUGCCCCUGUCUCGGAAUGGUCCAGGCUUCUGGCGGCACACGCGGACGAGUGGCGUAUAAGUUAUCUGAAUAGAGACUACAAAGUCUGUAAUUCUUAUCCAUCGGCUGUAAUAGUACCCCGUCAUGUCGAAGAUAAAGUCAUUAUGUCCUCUGCUAGUUUCAGAGAUGGCGGGAGAUUUCCCGUACUGUGCUACAGACAUGAAGGAGGGAGUAUUCUGCUCAGAAGCAGUCAACCAAACUGUGGAGCUACUGGCAGAAGGUGUAAGGAAGAUGAAAGACUGCUCAACGCGGUCUUAGGACCUGGACGAAGAGGGUACAUCGUUGAUAUGAGAUCCUCCAAUCAAGCCCAAAGUGCCCGAGCAAGAGGUGGUGGCACCGAAAUGGAUGCGGCGUAUCCUCAGUGGAGAAAAUUGCACAAGCCUGUUCCUAGGCCAUCGAAUCUGACCGAUGCCUUGUUCAAGUUAAUCGAAGCAUGCAAUGAUGCCAACUGCUCAACUUCCCAAUGGCUGUCAAGGCUCGAUAACAGUGGCUGGCUGUCAGCUGUACAAGGGGCAUUAAAUGCAUCCUGCGUAGCUGCUCAGUGUCUUCAUCAAGAAGUAGCCGCAGUAUUAGUUCAUGGUGGUGCCGGUCGAGAUUCAACUUUAGUCGUCACAAGCUUAACACAAACAAUUCUCAAUCCCGAUUGUCGAACAGUCAGAGGGUUGCAGGCUCUGAUUGAGCGAGAAUGGUUACAGGCUGGUCAUCCCUUUUUCACACGAACGAAAUAUGGAGCUUACCAUUCGUCGUCACAAAAUCCACUGCAUGCACCGACUUUCCUACUCUUACUGGAUUGUCUUCAUCAACUACAUUUUCAGUUUCAAUAUAGCUUUGAAUAUACUACAGAUUUACUUGCCGAACUUUUCAAGCAUGCCUACUCUUCGAACUAUGGGACUUUCCUCGGCGACACCGAAGCUGAAAGAAUCCAGAUGAGUUUGUCGGAACGCACUUGUAGCCUUUGGUCGUAUAUAAAUCGACCCCAGGUCUUGGAGACGUGGCUAAAUCCUCUGUACGAUCCCAACCCUGGGAUCAUUUGGCCAAGUGUAGCUCCGGUUAGUAUCGAAUUAUGGAGAGAGCUUUAUUUUGGCCACACGGUCGCAGCGCCAUGGGCCGAAAUGUUGGAGUGUACCAAAGAACUUAAAAACAACCACGCCGCCGUUAAGAAGCUAGCAAUGGAGCUUCGAGUUCAGAUCAGGCAAGUAAUAGACCGAAUCCAAAUGAGUCCGGACUCAUCAUCCGAAGCCACGUGUCAGGAUGAAUCUGAGAGAUUAGCAAAGUUAAAUUUGGAAGCUUCAGGCACGUGAUUUGUGCCUUGAGGAGAGAGGGAGAGGGAUCUAAGGAUUACUCCAGGUACUCUUCACGGCCAUUUUUUUUUUUACUCGAUGAUAGAUAGCUCGGGUAAAUUUGAGGAGGUGAUGUGAAAGUACUAUGUUAGGAAACUGUUUUACAAACUACGAGGCAUGCAUUUUAUUUAACGUUAUAGGACAAUGUUUUACAUUCAUUCGUAGGAUCAAUGGUAAUGAAAUGUGGAACUCCUUUGAACUGUAAUUUCAAAGUCUUAGAUUUUCACGUUUUGGGCGGUUUUCUUUAGUCGUGUCUAGUUUUACUUUGAUUUGAAAAUCAUUUGCUAGUAAAAUGAGAGUAUUUCAUUAUUCGGUUAGUAAGCCAAUAAAUCACGUAAGUGAAGGGUAGCAACAAAGAGGGCACAUGAUUCUGUGAUGAUGAACAAAUAUCGUGAAUAAACGUAACAGUGCACUUUUUGAAAAAGAAUUCAAUACUAUUCAUUACUAUUAAAGAAAUAUAUAUUCUAGUAAAAAUACCGUUACGAAAUAACUAUAUUUAGCAUAAUUUUUGCUGCUUUAAAAUUAAACAAUCUCAACAAAAAUGAUCUUAGCGAGGUAUGCAAAUUCGUUUAAGUAUUUCAGUAUUUAUUAACUAUUUUUCAUUCCAUAUAAAACAUAUACAUAUAUAUAAUCAAAUCCCAUCCCUUUGCAAGUAUUUCAUAUAACUAUUUGAUAAAAUUUGCGGCUGACCGACAGUACUUAUUUUUGCAGGACAAAUAUUUAUUAAGUUUUGUGUUAUAAUUAAUAUGUAGGAGAAAUAUUGUAAAUGUUCUAUAAAAGUUGUUUCGUCUUCAAAUGUGUAAAAGAGAACUUAAACUCGAAGAAACUCGUUUAUAAAGUAUUACAAAUUUUAACCAUGUACACAUCCGUCGAUCAUCAUCCGUCGGUGCAAUGACAACUUUUUAGCAUUCAAGGAGUUAUACGCCCUUCAAGAACUAUAAGAUGUUUCUUUUUUUAAGGGGGCGAAAUAAUUUAAUGAUUAUAAACUAGCAAUAUCGUGCAAUAGUCCACAUGUGCUAAUCAUUCAUCGAAGAGCGGUGAUAAACAUUUUUUUUUCGCAAAUUUUGCAUAAAAGUAUUGAAACAGGUACUUAGAUCUGAAUAUAUAUACACACACAUAUGAUAAAUUAAUACAUGAAAUUAAAACAUGAA